AUGAGCGAUCCCGUAUCGCUUAGGGUUCAAUAUGCGCCAGUUUGUGUAAGCGAAGAUGUUGUCAUUGUCGGAGCGUCCCUAGACGAAGCUGUUAAGGUUCGAUGUCAAGUGAGUGCAGAUCCAACCGAUGUGAAUUUCGUUUGGCAAUUCAAUAACAGCGGAGAAAAUAUUGAAGCAGCCCCUACGACUUUCGGUACGGCCAACGGAAGCACGAGUCAAUUAAUGUACACUCCCCUAAUCGAAAGAGACUACGGAACAUUGACUUGUUGGGGUAGAAAUAAUAUUGGACGUCAAUCCGAACCCUGCGUUUUUCAAGUUGUUCCAGCAGCAUAUCCCGGAGCGUUGAGAAAUUGUUCUCUCAAAACGGCCUCGAAUAUCACACAGGACGUUCUCGAAGUCGAAUGCAUUCCUGGUUACGAUGGAGGCAUGACACAGCAUUUCGUGUUGGAAGCCUACGAAUCUCGAACGAUGAGACUUCGAUUGAAUUUAUCUUCAGACGUGCCAACGUUUCGGAUAGAUCUUUCUGAUUUGUUACCCACAUCGGCAUACACGCCCAUGCUUCACGUCGUCCUUUACGCCCAAAAUCAAAAGGGUCGAAGCGAAGCAUUCGUGCUUGAAGAUAUUGCGUUAAAAGAUGCGGAAAAACGGACGGAAUCCGUUUUGGGCUCUACAUCGGGUCUCACCGCCGUACCCUUAACUGCGUUACUGUGCGGAUUAGCAAUAGUGAUCAGCUUAGCUAUUUUAUUCAUAAUCGUGUUAACGGCUCGAAAAAGAAGACAAUCGAACAGUGGCUAUCCUCGGUCUACAUCCGAUGUUUCUAAACAAAAAAAUUCUUUAUUAGAAAUUAAUGACAGUGAUAGGCGUUAUGUUGUUUCUUAUAUGUUAAAAACGCCUGCGGACUGUAAACCUGAUCAUCAAGAAAGGCAACCUGAUAUUCUUAAUGCCCCGAGAGGUAAAAAAAAAAAAAAAAAAGAAAAGUAUACAUACGUGGUCUCGGUUGACUACUCACCUAAAAGGCCGGACGACAAUUUUUUCAAUAGAAAUCAAACAGAUAUUGAAGACUGCAAUAGAAAUCCAUCGAUUUCUUCUAGUCACGUGAGUUCAUUUUCAUCAGAAUUGAAUUCAAAUUUAUCUGUUAAAUCCGACGGUACUCUAAGACAAAAUAAAAAAAAUGUCGUGUCGAGAAAUUCUCCAUUAGCCGCCUAUCAAAACGUUGACGGAAUCAUGUUUCCAGGAGGUUCAAGACAAAAUCCUCCUCCUCCUCCUCCUCCUACUUCUGCUUCUCCUUCAGAAGCGACAACUUUAACACGUUCUAAUCGUAAUCAAAGCAAAACUCCCACAACAAAAACUUCCGUUAAUGGCGAAUUGGAGCAAAGGGAUAAUUCAUUAGGUUCAAUACCUGGACCCGAAAGUUGCGUAUGA